CCCUGUAGGAAGUGAAUGAACCUUGCUGUGUUCAAUAGUACUGCAAUAUUCGAUAUAGAAAUAAUAUACAUUUUUAUUUUCUUGAGCCGUUCAAUACAAAGUGUUCCAGGGUUCAGCCAUCACGAAAGAGCUUGUUUGUAAGCAUAUCCCCGAAGCUGAAAUCUUGAAAUGCAUACACUACUCAGUGUUGUGAAUACGAUCACCAAGUUUGACAGGAAACACACAGUUAUACACGAGAGAGAUUCCGGCUAGAACUGACACGAUGGAGGAAGAGUUCGACAUCGGUGACAUCCUUGCUGACACCUACAUCCCUAUCAGCCAUUUGGAGGAGGAGCGCAUAGCAAAAGCUUAUCGAAUCUCCUCGUAUAUUUGUCUAGGCAUCAUGCCGCCCAUCAUCAUCUGUAACAUUAUGAUUUUCUGUGGGAUGACCCUGUACCCCGGCUUCUACACCAGUAUCAACGUUCUUCUAAUGAACCUAGCCAUUGCUGACUUCCUUAUGGGGAUCUUCGGACUGCCUUUUUACGUACUCAGCAGCCUGCCGCUUACGAAGGACUAUGUUUUCUCCCAUAAAUAUACUUGUCUAACGAGGUUCGCUUCUAUGGUGCUUUGUGCAGGGGGAUCGCUCUACUCUUUAAUGUUCAUCUCGUUAGACCGCUACUUCGCUAUAAUGUGGCCGCUACACUACUAUUCCAAGAUCGGCGUCAGCUGUACAGUUCACUGCAUGCAAGUGUUUUGGUUGUAUAUUGUGGUUCUGGCGUUCAUUCCUCUUUUGGGAUACAAUCAGUACGACGAUAAAGUUAUGCCACUGAGCGAGAGAUGUAGCUUCACCAACGUACUGCCUCUAGCAUACAUCUUGUGGAUCGUUGUAGUCGUUGCCCUAGGGUGCAUUGUCACGUCGCUUAUUUUGAAUAUUCGUAUCGCCUGCACCAUUCGGAAUAAACGGAAACGACGAAGCAGCAUCAGCCUUCCCCGCCGAAAUAGUACUUUAAACGUUUUUCUCCGUGUCAGUAACAUACACAUAACAAUCGUACUCAUGUUUUUAUUUAUUAUCCUGUGGCUUCCGUUUUUAGCUGUCUCGUUGAUAAAAUCUCUAAAAAUUAUCAACCCGGUUGAUAUGGAAAUCGCGUACUGUUCCGCCAUGUUGAUCAGUUUUAUCAACUCGCUGGUGAAUGCCCCGGUGUACGCGUUCUUCAGAAUGGAGUACAGGGAGGUGUACAAGAUCAUGCUGACGUCACUUCCCUGGCACUGGAGAAAGGAGCUGAGGGACCUCCACAGACGGACGCACGCGAUGUUCCACUGCACGCUAGAAGACUACAUGAGCUGCGUGGAGUGUCCGGAACACACCAUAGACAACCAAGAGGAAAUCAUUCGCCACGGGUCCUCAGUGGAUCGCCAUGAGUGCUUGCAUACGAUAAGUUUUGAAGAUAUUGAACAGAAACAAUUGAGUGAUGAGACAAGCCAAUAAAAAUAUCUGUAAAAUCAAGUUUAAUAAGCAACAAUGAGUGUUUUAAGAAUACUGUCAUACUUGUGUUGGUUUUAUUAUACGAAUGUAUUGGUGCAUAUUAACAUCUA